GUAGUCGGACAGUUGUUGCCGAUGCACUCCACGUCAGAGAAGCCGGAAGUAGUGCAGAGUGAACUACACUCACGUGUACAUCAUGAAAAACAACAAAAAACACAACAAUGGACCUAAGAAGGCUAAAUUCAAACCGGGCUCGAAGAAAAGAGAAAACAAAUGCAUCGUGACGUUUAACGACAACGACAGAGAGGAAUAUCUCACUGGUUUCCACAAGAGAAAGGUGCAAAGGAGGAAAGUGGCGCUGGCAGAAAUUCGCAAAAAGAUAAAGGAUGAGCAGAUUAAAGUCAGAGAAGAGAGGCAUAAGGAGUAUGUGAAGAUGCUGAAGGAGAGGACAGAAGCUCUCAACGAAUCUGAGGACGAGCUGGACGACGUGAUAAUCAGCACGUCAGAGUCCAUGCAGUAUGAUCACCCCAACCACACGGUUACCGUGACGACCAUCAGUGAUCUUGACCUCAGUGCCACACAUCUACUUGAUUCUGCAGCAAAUCAGGACAAAGGACCGAGUGAAGAGCAGGGGGAAGAGGAGAAGGAGAAAACUGCUGCCAUGCCGCGAAAGGCCGGGACCCCAGUCAUGAACAAUAAGAUCCGCUCUUUAAUGUCAUCGCUCAACAGAUACACCACCAAGAGGAAGAGGAAAGGGAAGCAGGAAGGUCGAAGAGGACACGGCAGCCGGACAGACGGCAAACAUUCCGGCGCAGAAUUGAAAAAGAAGAAAGGGACGAGCGGCAUGUUUGAGAGACGCCGUCGGACUGGACAGAGGGAGCGUCAGCAAGACUGAGAGUGUGUGUGAAAAUGAACUGAAGUUUAAAGAUGGACUCUGUGCAGCAGGACGUGUUGGUCCCUGUGGAGACAGCUCACUCGUCUACGACUGUUUUAGAAAAUGAACUGUAUUGAAUUUACUGACGUUUUGUUUAAAAUAAAAUCUUUUUUUUUUCUUUUCUUGCUGA